AUGGUCAGGCAUGAGCGAUUGAAAUGGUUGCAGAGUGUGCUCAUCAAUCACAGCAUACCACAUAACAUAACUAUACAGGACGUUCAGCAGCUGAUUUUGGAUCGAGAGCACAAACCUAGGCGGGUGUUUACGAACUUCUCGAGACGACUCCACGACGAAGGAGGGAAUCGAGCACAGUACGAGCUAGGUGAAUACCACUCGUACGACCACAUUGUCUCAUGGUUGGAGGAGAUUCAACGUUUCUAUCCUGAAAAAGCGCGCGUGAUCAACAUUGGUACAACUGAAGAAGGUCGAAGUAUCAAAGGAAUAAAGAUCGGAACUGAUGUACACCGGACGGACAAACGGGUGGUCUGGAUUGACGGAGGCAUCCAUGCACGAGAAUGGGCUGCUGUGCACACCGUUAUCUACAUCAUUGAUAGGCUGAUUGCCGAUUAUGAGACCGAUCCUCUAGUGCGUCGAGCUGUGGAGCAGCUUAAUUUCUAUCUUUUCCCAGUGCUGAAUCCUGACGGUUACGAGUACUCACGUAGUGGAAUCACACCAGUGAUUCGACUGUGGAGAAAAAAUCGUUCAUCGAUGCUAUGCAAAAAGGACUACUGGUUUCGUGAGCGAUGUUGUGGCGGAGUGGAUCUGAAUAGAAAUUUUGACUGGUUUUGGGGAGAGAUUGGGUCAAGCUCCGAUCGAUGUUCUGAGAUUUACCACGGAAAAGCAGUUUUCAGCGAGGCUGAAAGCAGAGCUGUGCGAGAUGCGAUGUUAUCCGCAGAGCUGCGCGGUAAGGUGGACGCGUUCCUCACGCUGCACACCUACUCGCAGAUGUGGAUUCACCCCUUCAGUCAUCAGCGGAAAACCGUGCCCGAGGAUAUCUCGGACAUUCGAGUGGGUAGAAAAGCCCUUAGCGCACUCGAGAGCCUUUAUGGCACGAAGUACCGAUUUGGGACAGGAGCGGAUAUUUUGUACCCGUCAUCUGGUGGCUCUGACGACUGGGCGAAAGGAAAACUAGGUGCUAAAUAUGUUUAUCUGAUGGAACUACGUCCAGGAGAAGAAGGUCAGACUGAUAGCGAAACAUUAUUUAACCCUAACUUUAAUCUUAUGCACUUUAUCUUUGUCGAUAAAAGCGUAUAA